CUGUGGCGGCGCGCGAGACAGCAAUGGCGGCCGGUGGCGUUGAUCCGCGGGCUGGCGACGUCGAGGAGGACGCUUCACAGCUCAUCUUUCCCAAAGAGUUUGAAACAGCUGAGACACUUCUAAAUUCCGAGGUGCAUAUGCUUCUGGAGCAUCGCAAGCAGCAGAACGAGAGUGCAGAGGAUGAACAGGAACUCUCGGAGGUCUUCAUGAAGACUUUGACCUACACAGCCCGUUUCAGUCGUUUCAAAAACAGAGAGACCAUUGCCAGUGUCCGUAGCUUGCUGCUCCAGAAGAAGCUUCAUAAGUUUGAAUUGGCCUGUUUAGCCAACCUUUGUCCAGAGACUGCCGAGGAGUCAAAGGCCCUGAUCCCAAGCCUGGAGGGGCGAUUUGAAGACGAGGAGCUGCAACAAAUUCUUGAUGAUAUUCAGACAAAGCGCAGCUUUCAGUAUUAAUCUCCAGACUUCUCUGCUGCUGGAGGGAACCACGUGCCCAGCAUAGCACCGCCUCCCCUGGGUCUGGGGUGUCUUGCACAGAAAUGCUACUACAUUUUCUCUGGAGAGCACAGCCCAGGAUUGGUUCAGGUUGCUGUUGAAAUGUGACUGUUAGACCAGGAUGAGCACAUAGUCUUGGUGUGACUUUCUAGGGCACCUGGCUUUCUGAGCCAGGAAGAGGGUAGGGGUGAGGUAUAAGCUGUUGACUGCCUCAUGCUAUGGUUUUGGGUUCCCAUGUAAUUAUUUUUACUGCUAAUGUUUCAUAUUUUAAUUUGAAUGUGUUGAUAGUUUUUAGUAGACUGGGACGAGGACAUAGGAAACUUAUGUAGGGAGAAAAUGGUCUUACCUAGAUGUGAAAGGAAGAAUGAAACCAGACAGGUGUUCAUGGCUGUGAGAGUAUUGGCGUCCUUGUGCCUAACCCAGGAGAUGAGAAGCAGUGAGACCUGGGGCACCUGUGCUCAGCGUUAUGGGGCCCUGAGCCUUGAGGGACACAGCUCCUUAGCCUGUCUUGAGCUAUCUUGCAGAGGGGAUUUGGAGUAAGUGGUUCAUUUUGUCUCUGUCAUACAAAUAAGAUGCUUCUAUCAUAGGCCAGACUUGGAGUUCUGAAGACUGGGAAGUCAACUUCAGGUGUCCAGUCCAUGCCUCUGGCUUGAUCCUUAGCAACAAGUGUUCCAUCAUGGCGGGUGGGACGGGAAGGAGGGUUCUCCUGAGCCUCCUCAGUGGAGUCACUCAACCUCAGGCUGGGUUGUAGCGAAACAUUCUAGAGUUGGUUUUUCUGAGGGAAAAUAAGCCAGCUUAUUUGUAUAAUUUGAAGGCUUUUCUUUCAGACACUUGCUGGCCAUACAUGGAUUUGUGAUGUAAGGAUUAAAUCAAGGACAGAACAAAUUUGGCUUUAAAAGUUGAGGUUGGGUGGGUGAGUGUCAUGGCACAGUGGGUUAUCCAGCUGAUGGGAGGUGUCUCUGUCUCUUAAAUAAGUAGAAUAAAGAAAUAAUUUAAGGUCAGGAUACUUUUAUGUUAACUACUGGUUAAGGCAAAAAUAAAAUAUUUUUAUAAAUUCUUUGUUUCUGAAA